AGCCAAUGGGAUGAUCGAUGCAGGUUCAUCUUCUACAAAAUGUAGUCGAAAGACUGCUUUGGCAAUUCAUUUUACACUUUCACUCAUUGCAUUUCUCUUAUGUUUACUCGGUUUGAUCUCCCCGUCAUGGCAACAAGUUAACCUCGAAAACGGACGUACUGAGCAUCAUCACGGACUUUGGUUGGACUGUAAAAGGGAUUUUUCAUUUGAUUAUGGAAGGUCGAGAGAGUAUUAUGAAACAUUGUAUAGACGUGACAUGCAGGGAUCUCCGUUCGCCGAAUUCUUUCUACCUCAACUUCAAUGUGUCUACAAAUUUGACUAUUACAUCGACCAAGAGGAUCUCUAUGAUCAUAAUCAUGACGAAAAUCGCAUUCAAAAUGACGCAUAUCAACAUUUGUUUUUGGGUUGGAAAAUAGCUGCAUUAAUUGGCGUUGGAGUCGGCGUUCUAUUUGCAGGAUGUGCAGUUCUGAUGGGUGUCUGUGCAUUCUGUCACAGGACUUUUAUCUGUGCUUGUACUGUUAUUAUUACGAUUGCGACUCUCCUCUCCCUUCUUGGCAGUGGCGCCUUCUAUUUCUGGGGUAAUACUCAAGAUAACAAGGUGAUAAAAGAAGAAGAUGAGAAUGAAACCUACGAACAAGUACUCGGAUGGGCAUUUUAUUGUCAUCUUCUCGGAACACUGCUUCUCGGUUUCUGCUCAAUAAUGGGUUGUUGUGUAACAUCAAUUUCAACAAGUAAAAGUACAUCACAAUUAGUAUCAAUUGAACUCGUUGAAAAUGGAGAUGGAUCCGAGCUUCUCUCAUCAAAUGGACAAAACUUUAAAAGAUCGUUUUCUGCAGUUUAUCGAGUUGAUUCGUCAGCUCUGAGACAAUGGGAAAAGUCGUAUUUGAAGAAUGCAAUGGAGAAAGGAGAUGUUGAACAGAAUUUUAAAAGAACCGCAUCAGUGCCCAACUUUUCCAAGAAUCACCGAAAAUCACGCCGCGCUCAACGUCAGCAAUCCGGUCAUGAUUUCUUCUCCUCAACCUCAAAUAUCACUGAAAUUUCACAUUUUGGAUCGAAUAUCACAAUGAAUACUCAGAUGACCCAACAGACUCGAGAUACAACACAAACUGCUCCGGCUGCUGUUGCAUGUCCAGUACCACCUGGGAAACCAUUGAAAUCUGCGUUGAAGACUCCUCAACAGACUAGAAGGGAGCACAUUAUUCAACCACCGGAGCCAGUUAUUAAUACUUAUGAAUAUUGUGACUCGACUAUUGGAGUUUCCAGUUUCCUGGGUUCUAGAACCCCAACCCGUCCCAACCAUCCCUACGAUGAAGUCUACGAGACAAUCCCCGGAGAAGACUACCUUGAACCAAAAAGUGUACGAAACAAUCGACUAUCCAACUCAACUCUGAGCACAAUAGACAUGGAGCACAACCAGAAAAUGCUCCAAAAGACGUUACCACCAGUUCAUGGCUCAUCUCAAUCAAUUCCUCUUCCACAAAAAACUCAGCAAAAGAGCACAGUAAUAGAUGAUCCUCGACCAGUUUCCUUUGGUGAAGAUCCUCGCGAUCGGGAUAUAAAUUUGUUUAAAAUUCGUGAGAGAACAAGAAUUGAAAAAGAAGAACGAGAGAGAUUUAUUAAAACUGCAAUGUUACCACCACCACCACCAGUUCUUCCUGUAAAACCGAAAAAUAUUCGAGAUUUUGGAAUUGAUUUAUCAAAGGAAAGUGUUGGAUCUUGUAAAGUUGAAGAGACGGGAUCACGAGCCAUGUUACCACAGGGAAAGAAUUCGGAAAUUUCAAAUUAUGCAAUCAAUAAUCCUUGCUAUGAUGACUCCGACGACUUCCCACCACCUCCAUCUGAAAUUGGUUUGAAUACAUUUGCGACAAAACAGAAAUCAAUAACAAAUCUUUCAUUCCGUGGAUUAUCCGGUGCUCAACACAUAUUCGAUCGACCAGAGAGCACAGUUUCCGUUUCAUCAAGUGCCAGUAAUAAUAAAAAUGAUGUGAAUAAUCGAAGAAAUCCAUUGACUAAUAUUUCACAGCAUUCAUUGGUUAAUCGGAGGCUGUUGAAUGUGAUGCCAGAUGAGGUCGACCGCUCAGUUGGUUCUUCUACAGUACUUGAGAAUGAAGUUCAAGAUUCUCCAAUUUCAUAUGCUCAGGAUGCGGAAGUUCGUUUGAAUCUGUUCAUGAAAGAUUCGACGAUGAAAAAUAAUCAAGAUGAGACGACUGUUUGAUUGUUUUCUGUUUUAAUAUUCAUAUUCUACCGGUUCAAUAUUGCAUUUUCUCUCAAUUUCCAUUAUCAAACAUUCCCCAAACAUUUCAAAUUUUCAUUCCAUUUCUCCAAUUUUCCUCUCACCAAUCUCCCCAAGAUCUCAAUUGUUUGAUUUUUUGCCAGCAAUGAAUACACUAAUAUUUUUAUUAACCUAGAUAAAAAUCAAAAUAAAAUGUUUAUAUAAAAAAG